AUGGUUCACCAUUCCACCUUGACAUCGAAGACCUUCGGGGAAAUAUUCACCCUGGACGGGAAGGACCUAGUGGACUGCUUGCAGAACUCCCCUGCCUCAGCAUCCAUGUUCUGCGGCUAUGCGAAAGCCUUUGUCGAGAUGAUGCAAAAGCCAACUGGGCUCACAGUCCACGGCCAGCAGCUGGUGGCGGCAGAUUCCUGCUGCCGGCAUACGCGGCAGUACCAGGAGCUGUACCCUGAUCCGAAGACUCGCUUGGCCAACAUUUCCAUCGUGCACGAUGCCUUGGGGCCGGACAUCCAGACAAUGUCGGAAAGCACAUGCAGCUUCCGUUCUGGGGGGUUGGCCCACAUGCUCAAGGAUCUGGACCGCGGCGGCUUGCAACCUGAAAACAUCAUCAUGCUGCUGCAGAACGCCAUUCCCGAACUUCAUCCAGACGUUGGGACGCAUGCUCUCCUGGAGCAACUCUUCGAGCGGGACCGAGCUGUUUCCUCUUGUGUCAGCUUAUUGGCCUUGGUUUACGAUGACUACAACCUGUUCGUGAAGCCGCAGAUGUUGGCUCCGGUGGAGGUCACCACGCCUGGCCAGUGGAAGCACCUGCGGGAGCUGGUAACCUGGGU